CGCGCAGUUGUCCAGGUCCCGCCCCGCGCCUGCGCACUGGCACCCGCCUUCCCGGAAGCGUCGCAGCAGUGCCACGUCUUCCCGCGCGCUCUCCUGGUGCGGCCCUGCAGACCCAGCUGAGCAUCAUGGGCCGCGCCCCUCGCCCCGCCGCCGCUCUGCUCCUGCUCCUGCUGCUGCGUGCCGAGCGGCUGCAGGGCGCCGAGCUCACCUUCGAGCUGCCGGACAGCGCGCGGCAGUGCUUCCACGAGGAGGUGCAGCAGGGCGUGCGGCUGUCGCUCGACUAUCAGGUUAUCACCGGAGGCCACUAUGAUGUCGACUGCUAUGUGGAGGAUCCCCUGGGCAACGUCAUCUACAGGGAAACCAAGAAGCAGUAUGACAGUUUUACCUACCGCACUGAGAUCGGGGGCGUUUACCAGUUUUGCUUCAGCAAUGAGUUCUCCACCUUCUCGCACAAGACCGUCUACUUUGACUUCCAGGUGGGCGAUGAGCCCCCUAUUCUCCCAGACAUGGGGAACAAGGUCACAGCUCUCACCCAGAUGGAGUCUGCCUGUGUGACCAUUCACGAGGCCCUGAAGACAGUCAUCGACUCCCAGACUCACUACCGGCUCCGGGAGGCGCAGGACCGAGCCCGAGCUGAAGACCUCAACAGCCGAGUGUCUUACUGGUCCAUCGGUGAGACGAUCGCCCUGUUCGUGGUGAGCUUCAGCCAGGUGCUGCUGCUGAAAAGCUUCUUCACAGAGAAGAGGCCUGCUCACCGUGCGGUCCACUCCUAGCCGAGACCUCGGGCUGGAGCAGCUUCUAGGUGCCAGGCUUCUGCACACCACAUCCUCGCACCCCACCGAGAGCCCAAAGAAAUCAGUGGUCUCCUGGCGUCGCGUGCAUUCUCUGUGCAGUGCUGACUGGAAGGACCUUUUACAGUCAGGCAGGGGUCACGCCUUGGGAGGGCAGUGGGUGCACCUCGGGGCCCCUCCUGGGGCCUCCAGCACCACUUAGGGGUUGGCUUCUGCUCCAUGGUGCCUUGGUUCUCUGGAGAGCUGUGGAGCUCUCCCCUUUGGCCUUUCCUCUUGUGAGACUGCACUGAGGAAGCCGGGCCCUGAAGCAGCCACACACAUCCACCUAUCCUGGGCACAGCCAUGUCAGCCAUACAGGCAGGACCCAGGUGAGGAGUAAGCCUUGGCCGGCCCUGCAUCUCUCAGGUGGGGCUGGGCCAAUAAAAGACACCUGUGAGCACCUACAUGGGUGUGGCUUCUUCCUGUUCCCAGAAGAGCUUGGAGCCCUAAGGGGAGCACAGGAUGUGCAGACACAGGGCCAGUAGGUGCGGACCGGGCCGGUUCAGUCACUCCUCCCAGACAGGAAUGGGGACCGGAACAGGAAGGCUCUGCUCUGUCAGUCACCAGCCCUGCCGUGGGAAUACCCCUGCCCUGUGCCUCACCGCCCACUGGGCCUUGCCACUGACCAGACAGAGCCCUCCCUUGGGUUUCCAUGCAGGACCACCUCCCUGCGCCAAGAGGGAGGAACGAACUCUCUUUGUCCGAGGUCUGGAAGGACAGUGUGCCGCCUUCUACAUGACACCUGCUGAGAGGCCUGACACCGGAGCUGUCUGGCAGGUGCUUGGUAGUGCACUGGGGGAAAGAGGUCCGAGCAGGCUUUAGUCCCCUGCGCUAUGGAAAAAAAAAAAAUUAAUUAAAAAGUAAGAGCAAAAUAAACUAUCCCAAGACAUCCAUAA